AUGGAGCACCGACCUUUCUCCGGGGCCGUACAGAGAACUGUUCUAAAACUGUCAGAGUUCGAGGGGCACGAGGGCCACUGGUGCAGCCUCACCCCAUCUGAUAAAUGGAUUGGAAAUAAGCUACCCAACAGCAGGGAUGGCCCAUUAAUUUUAAUCAAAGCUGAUGUAAAAAGGCGAUCAGAGCCACAUGAGAAUGUCAACAUCCCCAUGGGUGUGAACUUAGAUGAAAACCAGCUGAGAACUAGGGGCUAUGACAAAACACCUGAUAUCAUCCUCGAGGUUCCAAUUGGCAAGUACUUAUAUUACAAAUGUCAGCGUUUCUCUAAAAUGACCAAACUUCUAACAGCUGCCACUUCUGUGGAGGGGCACAUUGUACAUUGGAUUGAGAGUAAAGCCUCUUUUGGAGAUGACCACAGCCAUCGCACCUACCUCGAUGAACAAUUUUGGAGCUACUGGAAUAGGUUUGGUCCGGGCCUUGUGAUCUACUGGUAUGGUUUUAUCGAAGAGCUGGACUGCCAAAGAGAUAGAGGUAUACUACUCAAAGACAGCUUCCCUACAGAGAUUGUCACCCUGUGCCAUGCCACCCACCAGGACCUGUCACCAGAAAGCCCGGAAAAGGACAAGGAGUGA